AAUAAUGGUAGGUGACUUUAAAGUCAUUGGUUAGUACGUUAUCCAUUAGUCACAACCUUGACUACCAGUAAACAGACAGCAAAGCCUGCCGUCUAAUGGCCGCCAUAUGGAGUCCUUCAAUUGACAAGAACGAAAAUAUAGCGUAACUGAUCACUGACAUUCACUAGUUGGAGAAAAAAAGGUGUAUUUCUGUUUAUAGGACUCUACUACUAACAAUGUAGACUCAAGCAAUGCAAAAUGUGUUGUCUUUGAAGUGUAGGAACUGCUAUAUUAAAAUAUAUCUGUAUCUAAUAUUGUAUGUUUCUUUCUUAUAUCUCUAGUAAAAAAAAUCUGUAGACUUUUCUUUAUUAUUUAAAUUUUCUUUGUUCAUGAGUAGGUGAAUUGCUGUUAUUGUUUUGCUGGAAGACGCAGACAGCUGUGACACAGUUCAUAUUAUUACAACUGCUAACGUUAACUUCAUUAUUAGAACCAUACUUUUUACGAGCAUGUACCAAGGUAAAGUGAAACUGUAAAUGGAGUGAACAAAUGAACUUUAUUAUUAUUUGGUAAAUUAUUAUUAUUCUCAGUACUUAUAGUAGUGGUGGUGAGUACCGACCGCGGGCUACGCCAAGUGAGUCGCUUCGUUGUAUUGAUGUGGGUUUUUGUGUGUUUGAUGUGAAUAGUCGCCUGACUAUGCAGGGUGUCGAUGAUAACUGAUUUCUGUAAUGGUGUGAAAUUGUUAUUUUGUAAACCUAUUUCUUUUAGUGAUGUGUGAAGUGAUUUUGGAUGGAUGAAAGUAUCACUGGAACAAUUUUAACUGUAUGCUGGUGCAUCCAACUAUCAGUAGGUGGUGACGAAGGUGGAGUGCGCAGGGUGCGCGGCGCGAGGGGAUGCCCGUGCGCAAGGGGCUUCUCGCGCCCCAAAACACCUUCCUCGAUACCAUCGCUACCCGCUUCGAUGGCACACACAGCAACUUCGUGUUGGGCAACGCUCAAGUGCCCGCUUACCCGAUCGUGUACUGUUCGGACGGGUUCUGCGAGCUGACGGGCUGGGCGCGUGCGCACAUCAUGCAGAAGGGUUGCGCAUGCAAGUUUCUGCACGGGCCUGACACAAGGGAGGAGCACCGCCACGAGAUCGACGCUGCGCUCGACUCCAAGCACGAGCUCAAACUGGAGCUCAUCUUCUAUAAGAAAAAUGGUACUCCAUUCUGGUGCUUGCUCGACAUCGUUCCAAUUAAAAAUGAGAAGCGAGAAGUGGUAUUGUUCCUCGCUUCCUUCAAGGACAUCACCAACACCAAGAUGGCCGCCAUGAACACUAACGAGGACUUUGACAGCGGAGCCGCGGUGCGGCCGUCGGCUGGCGUGGUCACUCUAGCGUUAUCCCCAUUUGUACCCGCAGCGGCUCUCUUGGGUGCCCGGUUCCGCGCUGAAUCUAGUUGCCUACUUCCAGACCCGAAUGGAAAUCUUGACCCCGAAGCGCCCUCGCCCGCUAACAUGGGCAGGCGGCGCUCAAGGGCAGUACUAUACCAGCUUUCAGGACAUUAUAAGCCAGAUAAGAUGAAGACUAAACUAAAACUCAACAAUGUUAGUAAGAACCUUCUACACUCUUCGGACCCCCCACUGCCCGAAUAUAAGACGUCGGCGGUGAAGAAAUCACGCUUUAUUAUAUCGCAUUAUGGAGUUUUCAAGACGUUCUGGGACUGGCUUAUUCUUAUAGCGACAUUUUAUGUGGCCGUAGUUGUACCUUACAAUGCCAGUUUUGUUGACGAGGGUCACCCGAGGAUUAGCGUGACCAGCGAUGUGGUAGUCGAAGCUCUUUUUAUUGUUGAUAUAGUGCUUAAUUUCCGGACGACAUUCGUCAGCAAGAAGGGCGAGGUGGUGUAUGAUUCUAAGGCGAUAGCUCUUAAUUACAUCCGCACAUGGUUUGUGGUGGAUCUCCUGGCUGCUCUCCCAUUUGACCUACUUUACGCCUCGGACGUAUACAGCGGAGCGGAGUCGACACAUGGGAACGUUCACUUAGUGAAACUCACAAGGCUGCUUCGUCUGGCGAGGCUGCUGCAGAAGAUGGAUAGAUACUCACAGUACUCGGCUCUGAUACUGACUCUGCUCAUGCUGUCCUUCACAUUAGUUGCUCAUUGGCUGGCCUGUAUUUGGUUUAUCAUCGCCGAAAAGGAAAUAACUUACCAUAAAAACGAAAGUUGGGAUUUGGGGUGGAUUAAUAACUUAGCAGAGAGGCUAAAAGUGCCAAUCCCCAACAUCUCUCAUAGCGAGAGCUAUGUCACCGCUUUGUAUUUCACCUGUUCAUCGCUGACCAGCGUUGGUUUCGGGAACGUAUCUGCUAAUACCCUGCCGGAGAAAAUCUUCAGUAUACUCACAAUGUUGGUUGGAGCGCUAAUGCAUGCCGUCGUUUUCGGUAACGUGACUGCGAUCAUUCAGAGGAUGUACUCCCGGCGGUCCAUGUACCAGAGCAAAUGGAGAGACCUUAAAGACUUCCUGACCAUUAACCAAGUGCCCAAGGAGCUGAAGCAGCGCAUGCAAGACUACUUCCAAACUAUGUGGUCUCUGAACCACGGCAUUGACAUACACGAGACCUUAAAAGAGUUCCCGGAGGAACUGAGGGGGGACGUAUCGCUGCAUCUGCACCGGGAAAUAUUAUCGCUUCCAAUAUUCGAGUCGGCGUCCCAGGGUUGCCUCAAGUUGCUAUCUCUGCAUAUCCGGAACAAUUUUUGCGCGCCUGGAGAAUACUUGGUGCAUAAAGGCGAUGCCCUCACGUAUAUUUACUACAUAUGCAACGGAUCAAUGGAAGUAAUGCAAAAUGACAUGGUGGUCGCUAUACUAGGCAAAGGCGAUUUAGUGGGUUGCGAUAUGAAUACCCAUUUGCAAGCUCACAAUGGGUCGGGACAAAACCAGGGCAAUAAUCCGGAUGUCGUCGUAAAAUCAAGCAGCGAUGUGAAGGCCUUAACUUACUGUGAUUUGAAAUGCAUACACAUGGGAGGGUUGGCCGAAGUUCUUCGGCUGUAUCCGGAAUACCAACAAGAGUUCAUUCACGACAUCCAACAUGAUCUCACGUACAACUUGCGAGAGGGCUACGAGGCAGAACAGGAGUCUGAUGGGAACGGUCACCCAUCGCUAACUUUACCCUCUAUAUCAGAAGACGAUGAGAAUGCGGCGGAAGACUCAGCCCUAUCACCGAAGAAACCCACAUCAAGUACUAAUAGUCCACGACACGCUAAAUUCAGAUCAGACGGCCAACAACGCCUCUCGCAUCGAGAGCUCAGGGAGCGAAUAGAGCGCCAAAGAUCGGUCGCCACGCCUAAAAUAACCAGGUCCGAUUCUUUGGAAGGCCUUAACCUGGAGAUGCACAACACUCGGUCUUCAGUUGAAAGACUGGACACUCAAGUCUCGAGUUUGCAUCACGACGUUGCUGCCCUUAGCAUGGAGGGACAACACGGGAAAAAAGAAAAAAAGGUCGGGAUAGUAGCAGUGGAGGAAGCGAUGAUAAAUGAUAACCAUGAUAAAACCCAUGUAAUGCCAAGAUCAUUGCAUGCUAACAUUGGACAAACGUCACAUUCUCCAGCAGAACCUGUAAAUAUAUCUGUUGCUGAUUAUUCUUCUCCAUCGACAUCCCAGCAAACUUAUGACGUCAACGUCGAUCCUAAAAUUAUAGUGGACGAUGGCUAUCAUGAAAAUGAUCUGGGUCUUUAUGUUGGGUUGGCUACUCAGCUAUCGACGGAAAAGAAAAGGGAGUUGUUACAACAUCCUUGGAUCCCGCCCAGAAAUUAUGAUUUUGAAUGUGAUGCAAGCCAUUUGAAAAGGAAAUUUAAUAAUGCUUGGUUGGAUCAAUAUGCACCAUGGCUAGUAUAUUCCAAGCGACUAAAAGGCGCUCUUUGUAAGCAUUGUGUUUUGUUCCCUCCGCCCAUCAGCACUGUGAGAGUAAUUUUGGGAUCAUUUAUGGUUAGGCCAUAUAUAAAGUUCAAAAAUAUGCAUGAAGACUGCCGAAAGCAUGCAACGACCAACCUUCACCUAACAGCGACAAAUGCAGCAAAAAAAUUUCUUGAAAAUGUUCCUGUAGACAUCCAACUGCAAAGUGGACACCAAAAAGCAAUCGAUGAAAACAGACAAAUAUUGUCAUCAAUUAUUUCUUGUGUAGUAUUUUGCGGUACACAUGAUAUGCCUCUUAGGGGAAAACAAGCAGAUGAGGACGUUUUAUUAGAUUUAUUAAAGUUGAGAAUCAAUUCAGGGGACGACAAAUUAAAGAGUCACCUGGAAAAGUGCCGUCGCAAUGCAGUUUACACAUCGCCAAAAAUACAAAACGAAUUGAUUAAUUUAUGUGGCGAAGUUAUUAAGGAGAAUAUAAUAAGUGAGGUUCAAAAGACCAUGGCUUACGCAGUCUUAGCUGAUGAAACAGCAGACGUAGCUGGGAAAGGACAGCUAUCAAUAGGCGUGCGGUUCUACGACGAAAGCUAAAGGAAAAUCAGAGAAGAAUUUGUAGGAUUCGUUGAACUAAAAGCAUAAAAUGCUUCAGCAAUUGCCGAAGCAAUUGACAAUUUUUAACCUCCCAACAGAAGAUUGCGUAGGGUUUGGAUUCGAUGGCUGUUCUACAAUGGCAGGGAAAGAGGGUAGCGUACAAGCCAUUUUGAGAAAAAAAUAUCCUCGUGCAUUAUAUUUUCAUUGCUCAAGUCACAAACUCAACCUUGUUGUGAAUGAUGCGAACGCAGUGCCAGAAAUUAGAAAUACUGUCGCCACUGUUAAGGAUGUUAUAACGUUUCUCAGAGAAUCGACUACUCGUCGAAACUACGCUCCAAACCUAUUACGAUUGUGUGAGACGAAAUGGUCCGAAAAAUAUAAAUCAAUCAGAAAGUUUUCUCAACAUUUUCCAGAGCUUGUGAAAUCUCUAGAAACGUUAUCCGUAGAGGGAAAUUAUGUCACCAGAAAAUCUGCAUAUCAGUUGCAUUCAGCCGUUACAAAACCAGUGUUUAUUGUAGCUCUACAAACAAUAGCCAAAUAUUCAGCAGUUUUAGAACCAGUAGUUAACGCACUGCAAGCUAAAUCGAUCGACAUGAUCUCGGUGGGGGGACACAUCAAAAAUAUCAAGGACAUUCUCAGAAAUGACCGCGAGUUUCCUGAUAAAAUAAGUAAUGAAAUGCUUCAAAAAGCGCGAGCUGUUGCAAUGGAUUUGAACAUAGAAAUUUCGGUUCCACGUCUUGCUCAUAAGCAAACACAUAGAAGUAAUCCGCCAUCUGACAAUGAUAACGAAUAUUGGCGGCGUUCUCUGAUAAUACCAUACAUUGAUUCACUCAUUUCAUCGUUGAAUAUUCGAUUCUCCCAAGAAAAUACUCCGGCGUUUGCUUUAAGUAAGCUACAUCCCUUGUAUAUGACCAAAACCAGCAUUACAGACUUACACAAGAACGCAGAAUCAUUCCAAGAAUUUUAUAACCUGGAUAUCACUGGAGAACUGAACCUUUGGCAUAAUUUAUGGAUGAAGAAUGCUUUAUCAGAUGAUCAAUUAAGGGAUAUAGAAGUAGUUGAUCUGUUCAACGAAGCCAAUAUUUUUUACCCUGCUGUCAGAAAGGCAUUGAUUAUUUUAAGCACUAUCCCAUGCACCACGGCGACCGUAGAACGGUCCUUCAGUACGCUUCGAAGAGUUAAAACGUGGCUUAGAAGCACCAUGGGUGAAGAAAGGCUUACGGGUUUAUGUCUGAUGAGCGUACAUCGCAAUUAUUUAAAAGAAAACAGUGAGUUUAUUCAAAAGACUGUCUUAGACAAAUUUUUGGCGGCAAAUCCGAGAAGAUUACUUUUAAAUUAAUAUAUGUGUAUUAUGAUUAUUAUAUAUAUUUAAUAUUUUGUUUUGUGUCAUAAUCAAACUAAUUAAUAAAAGUCAAUUUUCAUGAUUUUUUGUUUCAAUAUACCCGACCGACCGUCUUCUCGAAACAGGUAUGAGCUGCCCCCUCCUAGCUGAAAUCCUGGGUACGCCCUUGAAAAUAUUACUAGAUAAAAUUCCACGCAGUCCAGGCAGCAGACGGGACUCGAACCCGCAGCCUUCGCUAUCCGGGCGAAUGCAAGGCGAAUUUUAGAUUUAAACAUUGAGCAGUUGCAUGCUUAAAAAAUAAAAAUUAUUACUACUUUACAUAUUGUUUAUUAUUAUAAUAACAUAUUAUAAAUAAUAAUAAUAAAUAUUUCCAACACUCAUACCAAUUAACCUAUCCCCAAAGUAAGCACUGUAAGACUUGUGUUAUGGGAUGCUAGGGUAACGGAGAAAAUACAUAUACUGUACAUAUACAAGUAUAUUUAUAUUGAAAUACAUAUUAAACAUACAUGACUGAAGUACAAAUGCUUGUAUUAAUUGUAUUUAAUUAUUUCGUAUUUAUUUAGUAAUUUGGCAAUUCCAAUUUAAAUACCUAGAUACAUUCGAAGAAGUUGUAUAAAGAUAGAAAACCUUUAAUAGUUUUGAAGUCCCA